AUGGGCCUCUACAAAGAGCUACCGGAAUCCCUCACCGAGGUCGACAUCAUCAUCGCCGGAGGUGGCACGGCCGGUUGCAUCGUCGCCGCAAGACUAACGGAUGCUGAUCCCAACCUUUCCAUCCUGGUGAUUGAGCGCGGCAGCAAUAAUGACCUGCCCACAAUCGCAUAUCCGCUGUUCUUCAUGCAGAACAUUGUGGCAGGCAGCAAGGCAAGCAUUUUUUACCAAACAGCGCCGGAGGAGCAGCUGGAUGGUCGAGAGAUCAUUGUCCCUGCUGGUGGUGUUCUCGGGGGCGGGUCGUCGAUCAACCUGAUGAUGUACACUCGGGCUCAGAGGUCCGACUUCGAUGGGUGGGAUGUGCCAGGUUGGUCUGCUGAUGAGAUGUUGCCGUAUCUAAAGAAGCUGGAGACUUAUCACGGAGUGGACCACAAUGGAACGCAUGGUCAUGAUGGUCCCAUUAAUGUUUCUACUGGCACUUUCACGUCUACCAAGUUCCAAAAUGAGUUCCUUUCUGUAGUGGAAGAAACGGGAUGA